AUGCAACAAUGGCGUCGUCCAACACCACCCCCCAGGAUUGUCGAGCUGGCCGCUCAGAUCAGCGCUUCCGUCGCUGAAUUGCAGGAACGUUUGUCGGCCCAAGGAGUACCAUCUCCAACAUUCGACGAGGAUAGCCCUCCAUUCUUUCCCGACGGCGUAUCUCGUCUUCGGACUGAACUCCUUGACGCAACUGCCGAGCUCAACGAGGUGCUUACAGAGCCUCUGAUGCUGAUCUUCAAGUUUAGCGCGAUCUCCAACCUCAUCAGCAUUGACACCAUCUGUCGAUUCGGUAUCCUGGAUAUCAUACCUGCUGGUGGCAAGAUCUCCUUUGCAGAGGUUGUUGAAAAGACGGGCUUGUCGAAGGCGGAGGUCAGGCGUCUGCUUAGACACGCGAUGGCCAUGCGUAUCCUCAAUGAGCCGGAGCCGGAAAUGGUAGCACACACCAAGGUCUCCAAGUUCAUGAGUAUUCCUUACAUCCAGGACUGGGUCAAGUUCGAAGGCAAGGACACCUGGCCAGCCUGCACCAAGGUUGUGGACGCGCUCGAAAAAUGGCCAGCCUCCGAAGAAGUCAACGAAACUGGCUUCUAUUUUGCGAACAACGGCCAGUCGGUCUUCGAGGCCCUCGGGGCCGACCAUACGCGAGCCAUGCGCUUUGCCGGUGGCAUGAAGUCCCUAGACCAUGUUCCCGGCUGCGGUGACAAAGAGGUAUCGAAGGCUUACGAUUGGGCUUCCCUUGGGAAUGCGUACAUUGUCAACGUCGGCGGGUCCAGAGGCUCAGUUGUCAUGGACCUAGCCAAGCACUUCGGGAAACUAAAUUCCUUAUCCAAGACGGGGCAAUGA